AUGGUUCUUCAUCAGUACGAUUACAUCUUUGCCCUCGGCACCAUCUUUUCUUUCCUCGAUGCCUGGAACAUUGGUGCCAACGAUGUCGCCAACUCGUGGGCUACGUCGGUAUCAUCCCGAUCCAUUGGUUACAUUCAAGCAAUGACUCUCGGUUCCAUCCUCGAAUUUGCCGGAUCCGUCGGUGUUGGUGCUCGUGUCGCUGAUACCAUCCGUACCAAGGUCGUCGACCUGGACCAGUUCGAAUCCGACCCUGCCCUUCUCAUGCUCGGUAUGAUGUGCGCCAUCGCCGCCUCUUCCAUCUACCUCACUUUCGCCACUCGCAUUGGUCUUCCUGUCUCCACUACACACUCCAUCAUGGGCGGUGUCAUUGGUAUGGGUGUUGCUCUUGUCGGUGCCGAAGGAAUUCACUGGGCCGAGCUAGACAAGGGUAUUAGCUCUGGUGUCAUCUCUGUUUUCCUCGCUUGGAUCAUUGCCCCUGGUUUGUCCGGUGCCUUUGCCGCUAUCGUCUUCCUCAUCACCAAGUAUGGUGUCAUGCUUCGAAGCCAGCCCGUCUGGAAGGGUCUCUUCCUUACUCCCAUCUACUUCGGAAUCACUGCUUCUCUCCUCACCAUGCUUAUCGUCUGGAAGGGUGGUAGUAUCAAAAUCGACUUCACUGACGCCGAGACUGUUGGCAUGAUUAUUGGUGUCGGUGCUGCUUGGGGUCUUAUUGUUUCCAUCUUCCUCGUCCCCUGGCUCUACCGUAUUGUCAUCUGCGACGACUGGCAGCUUCGCUGGUGGCACAUCGCCCAGGGCCCUCUUCUUCUCAGGCGUCCUGCCCCCCCUGCCCAGCCUGAGGGCGCCGAAGGCGGUAUCAAGGAUUUCUACGAGGGACAUCUCACCAAGGAAGAGCUUUCUGAACUUCGACGUGCUGGCCGCGAGGGCAGUGACGAGUUCGUCCGCGCCCAGAACCAGACCAGCAACGAAGGCAAGGAGGGCUCUACCGAGAACAAGGUCAUGUCUCCCCCCUCAGAAGGCACCGACGACGUUGCUGAGCCCGUUGAGGCAAAGCCCCGACGUAGCCUGGUCGGUCCCAAGCCUGAAGGUAGCCUUGUAAGCGGUGCUGUUCUGUUCUGGUACCUCAAGAAGGCUUUCCUUUCUGGUGUUGACCAAGAUAUCAUCGCCAUGCAAAAGAAGAAGAGCAUUCUUACUGGCGACCUUGACGAGAUCCACUCCACCGUUGCUCACUACGAUAACCGUGCCGAGUACCUGUAUACGUUUAUGCAAGUUAUGACUGCUUGUACAGCCUCCUUCACACACGGCGCGAACGACGUUGCCAACGCCAUUGGUCCUUAUGCUACUAUCUACCAGAUCUGGAGGACUGGUACCAUUGAGGGCAGCAAGUCUGAAGUACCUGUCUGGAUUCUUUGCUUUGGUGGUGCUGCUAUUGCUCUUGGUAUCUGGACUUACGGAUACAACAUUAUGCGCAACCUUGGUAACCGCCUGACCCUUCACUCUCCUUCUCGAGGGUUUAGUAUGGAGCUUGGUGCCUGUAUCACAGUCAUCCUUGCUACUCGUCUUAAACUUCCCGUCUCUACUACCCAGUGUAUCACUGGUGCCACCGUCGGUGUUGGUCUCUGUUCCGGCACUUGGCGCUCUAUUAACUGGCGCAUGGUUGCCUGGAUCUACAUGGGCUGGAUGAUUACCCUUCCUGUUGCUGGUAUUAUUUCUGGCUGCAUCUGUGGUAUUAUUAUCAACGCUCCUCGCUGGGGCUACAGUGGUUAA